UCUUCCUCUGACAGCAGUCACAACACGUGGUAUCUCAGUCAGUCUCGCCAUGGCCGUCGACUGGCUGCGUUCGUUCUUUGGCGAGCGCCUGGUGAGGCCCUGUUCGGUCGCCGGCGAUCCUGAAGACUUCUGCCCGGUGGACAUCCUGGUAACCGAGAAACCCGUGGACGAGUCUCGCGUCAUCGGGGUUUACUUCCGCGCUCUGACGGACCUCGACUCAGAAGAUCCCUCGGUCAAGCCGCUUCUGGACCUCUACAACUCCGUCAACUCUGGAGGUUCUCGACUGGAGGUGGUGCAGGUGUUCAUCCCCCCGUGGGUCGGGUUCCGCCAGUGUGGAGAUCCCGAUCUGCCCCGGAUGUUCCGCCAGUCUUACAUCGGAGUCCCAUGGUACACCAUGCCUAUCGACGAUGAGGUUAAGUGGGUGAGAUUGAAGCACAGGUGUCGAGGCAAAGUGGGCAUGUUAGUACUGCUGUGUGCUCUCUCAGGAAAGGUGUUACACAAGGACGCUAGUGAAAGACUUGAGGAAGAUCCCCAAGGGCAGAAAUUCCCUUGGCUACCCAGGCCUGUUCCUCUCGUCAUGUGUGAGGCAGCUCAAAAAGGUUUGAUCUCAGGAGGGCUUAGAAGAGGACCGAAGAUAAUUCCAUACAGUAGCCUUGAUGGGUAUAUCAAAGGUCUUUAUUUUUCAGCACACUGGUGCCCUCCAUGCAAGGCGUUCACGCCCCAACUUGUUGACUGCUAUCGUAAGAUCAAAGGCAGAGGGCAUAAAUUUGAAGUGAUAUUCAUCAGUUCAGAUAGGAGUGAGGAGUCAUAUGAGAGUUACUUAGCUACGAUGCCGUGGACAGCCCUUCCUUACAAGAGCGGUUAUGGUCAAGAGCUGGCUUCGAUGCUGGAUGUCCAUGGGAUUCCCACACUGGUGCUGCUCGACUCUGAUGGUUCUAUCAUCACCGAUGAUGGCCGUAGUGAAGUUAAGGAAGAUCUGGAUGGAGAGUUUUUUCCAUGGAGACAGAGGCCAGUCAACAUCCUGACAGAUAGGUUAGCGGAGCUACUGUAUGAUUCACCUGCAGUGGUGUUGUUUGUUGAUGGGGAAGAAGAUGAGGAUCUGGAGUUUGGAGAGGCUGUUCUUCUCCCAGUCGCUGAGUGGACAGCAACUCACACCCACAGCCUCCACCUUGACUACCAAAUUCUCUUCUUUGUGGCUAUAGAGAAUGACGCAAGCGAGAGCCUUCGCUCAUUCACCAAGCUGGAUGAUGCUUCUCCACUUGUGACUGCCAUCGACUUCCCUCUCAACAGGUUCAGUGUGAUGGAGUAUGGUGCUGAAAUAACAGAACAUUCGGUCAAGACUUUUGUUUCCAACUUUAUAUCUGACAAGCUCACAUUUAGACCCAUUAGUGAAACUGAAUCUUCUUCUAGUACAUAGUUACAAAAAGCAAUAACAUUAAAAUAUAUAGGCAAUCCAAUGAAAGUAUCUAUAGCCUGUUGCUAGUCAAAAGCGUUUUAGCUUUGAUGAUUUCAAGUUAAGUAAUUUCUUCCAUAAUCUAUUUUUGCCAUUGAUGAAAUAUAGUCAUAGACAUCUUAAAUAAAUAGAGUUAGUAUUUUAUAUAGCGAUUUUGUGAACCUAAAUUUAAUAUUUUCGUACAAACUAGAUAUAAGAUAUUUAUUAUCUUGGAAAUUUAAAAUUUGCUUAACCCUAUCAUUUGAA